AUGGCUUCGAAUCGCCCGAUGAGCCCUCGAUUAGAGCAGAUCCAUGGUGAAAUCCGUGACCAUUUUCGAGCCCUCGCGAAUGGUUUCCAAAAGUUGGAUAAGAUCAAGGAUUCAACUAGACAAAGCAAAGCAGUGGCGAAUCUGCAGCUGAAGAAAAUGUUCAAAUGGCUUCAUAUAGCUAUGUCAAACCAGGAGUUUGUUGAUGCUGGAAUGAAAAGAAUGGAUGAGACCGAUCAAGCCAUUGAGCACUCUAAACAGGUGGUAGAGCAAACACUCGAAGUUGGAACUCAAACUGCAGCUAAUUUAAAGGGACAGGUAAUAUUGCAAAACAGUCUCCAUCUCUUCCUUGUUAAAUCUUAA